CAUAAUCAACUUUUCUUGGGAAUAUACAGCACAAGAAAAAUCCUUCAUUGUGGAAUUUUCGAUAAUAUUCUCAUCAAAGAUUUUCAAGAAUCCUUGAUUUUAAUUUGCAUCAUAACUGAUUCGGGAUGGCCCAACCGGUCAUGCCAAGCAAUCAACUUACAACAAACAUAAACUUCAUGUUUAUGGUUUGUUUCGUUACCUUUUGCUUCAAGAGGAAAGAUUAACUCAGAGUAGUAAUUCAGCAUAAUAACAUGUAUUAUGCAAUAUGUUAAGAAUAAGGAUACCAAAAGGGGCAACAAGCGAAGUGGUAUGGCUCUUUGACUUUAAUUGGAACGUUGUAGGUUCGAACCCCAUUAACGCCAGAUUUCGAACCCUAAAGAUUCUUUUCAUAAACCAUAUCACAAUAUGUGGUAGAUAUACUUCUGCCAUUUUAUGUGGUUUAUGUUUACGACAUAUUACCCUACCAAUAGAAAACUGUUGGAUACAACAUAUAACACAAUAUCUCAGUAUUAUCGCCUUAUAAUUUUCAUAUGCUUCUGGCAUUUUAUGGAUAAUGUUGACCGACAUAUUACCCUACCAAUAGAAAACUGUUGAAUACAACAUAUAACAUAUAACACAAUAUCUCAAUAUUGUCGCCUGAUAAUUUUGAUAUGCCUCUGGCAUUUUGUGGUAAAUGUCGACCAUAUUAUCCUACCUCUUUUGUUUCUUUCCAAAAUUUCAAACCAAAAUCUUCUCAAUAUUAUCCAAAAUCUAUCACAUCAACAUCAUUAUCUUAUCCCAUUUUUCGGCUAUAGAAAAACAAUCUUCCUCCUUUUCAUUUCAUUCUACUCAAACCGAAAUAUUCAUACAUCAUCUCUCAAUUCCAUCAUUCUUCUUCCCUUCUUUGGAACACUUCUCGUCAUAAGUCGCUUCAGGGAUUUUAUCGGGUUCGAGUGAAGCACUGGGUGAAGAUCUCUAGGAGACAUUUCUUCACCCAUUGCUUCACUCGAACUCGAUAAGAUCUCUGGAGCCACUUAUGACGAGAAUUGUUCCAAAGAAGGGAAGAAGAAUGAUGGAAUUGAGAGAUGAUGUAUGAAAUUUUCGGUUUGAGAAUAAUGAAAUGAAAAGGAGGAAGAUUGUUUUUUGAUAGCCGAAAAAGGGGAUAAGAUAAGGGUGUUGAUGUGGUAGAUUUUGGAUAAUAUUGAGAAGAUUUUUUUUGAAAUUUUGUAAAGGAACAAAAGAGGUAGGGUAAUAUGUCGGUCGACAUUACCCACAAAAUGCCAGAAGCAUAUCAAAAUUAUCAGACGACAAUACUGAGAUAUUGUGUAAUAUUUGGUAGGAUAAUGGGAUGUUUAGAAGUAGAUAAAUAUGCCUCCAAAAGUAAUAUAUUUAUGCGGUUGAUGGCAUCUUAAAUAGGCACAUAUAAAUCAGUCGUUAAUAGUUGGAUCUAGAGGCAAAUCAUUUGCCUGUUAACAUCAUUUCUCCGACUAUUAUACUGGGCGUUGAUGGACAUAGUUGAAGUCAGAUCAAUAGCCUCUAAAAGUAUUUUUAUUAGCCUCUAGAUACCAUUGUACCUAAUUUCCAGACUCACAUUUAUAGCAAAACAUUUAAUUUUGAUCUCAACUGAACUAUAAAAAAAUUGAGAAAAGAAGACAAACAUGCAUAGAUAAAAAAAUUCCUAUUGGCAUAUGAACAAUAGGUACGAAUACAACGAAGCUAUUGAUGAGAAAAACGGUGUCAUCUGGUAAAUGAGAACUAACAGAAACUAUUCACAUAAUAGAGUUGACAAAUUUAUAAGACUUGCUAAGUUUCAAAUUAAUGGCGCUUCUGUUGCAAAUGAGUGAAAGUUAUUGAUCCUCCUGUCAAAUUUCUCAGAUACACUGGCUUUCAUGUCACCUCUAAUGCCUUGGUGAUAUAUCUACAAUCUGCAAAAUUAUCAAACUCUUUUAAUGAGACAUAAAAAUAGUUGUAUCCCACUAAUGAACAAGUAUUACAAAGAACUUGAUGCUGCGAAAGAUAAUGUCUAGCACAUAAGUAAAAUGAGAGCUAAAAUGACGAAUGAUGAAUAGAAAUGAGAGGAAAUAUGAAUUUAAUAUAAAUAUUAUUAGUAGUCAUCUCAUCGACAACAGCCUGUGUUUUAGAAGAAAGUUGAGCUAAGUUGAAGUAAAGUAAGGAAAAGAGUUUCAUAUCAGAAACUAAGGUCACUGGACUAUGCUCCCAUAGGAUAUGCUUUGAUUUUGAUACCUGGAGUACUUGUUGCUUCAAUUCCAUGGAUAAGAGUUUAUGUUGAAUGCCUUGCAUAUUGAAGUAGUGAAACAAAAACUCCAUAUCAUGUCAUGUCAGCAUACUCAUGUCAUGUCAGCAUAAAUGAUAAUUGAAUCAAAGCUUUGGAAGCAUAUCAUGUCAGCAUGAGAACAAUGUCACAUACUCGAUAGAGAAUGCUGCAACUUCCAUGUCUCGAUUACAUCGAAGUUGUGCAGAAGCUCUGAGCUCUACUAUUAUACUCAGGAAACAAUAUUACGAUGUGCAUGAUUCAAGUUAUAGAAGCAGAGUUCAUAUUUUCAAUGUUUAGCCUAUGUCUAGCAAUAAAAAAGAGACAGCUCCAACAAUAAAAAUUUUGGCAGAGCUUAUCCAAUUUUUAUCACAAUUCACAGGCAGAGCUUAUCCAAUUUUGCACAAGAACUUUUCCACUCACUUCUUAUUCUAGAAGACCGACAUUAACCGUUAAGUAUGGCCCCCGUUCAAGUCAACACCUGUAUAGGAACAUGCAUAUAAAGAGCACAAUAAGAGGGGUUGGGAGGAGCAGACGAAGCUAUGGAUCAAUCAUAAAGAAUUCAAUUGAAAAAACAAGAGGGAAAAAUUAAUUGUUCAAGUACAAGAAUGGAAAGAGCCAUACCAGCUACCGCCAGCAUAGAGUAAAGCCCCUACACGAGUACAACCACAACUUGUGCUUCGUCGUCAAUGCCAUGAACAAAAUCUCGAACUCAAGCUGCGUGGACCCCAAUUCUUGUUGCCGGCAACCCUAAUUUUUUCCUACUAGAUCUCAAUCCUAGAGAUCUAAUGAAACAACAUGAGGAUGGGGCAGGGUGAAAGGGGAAGUGAUGGGAACACAUAUAAAAAACCCUAAAAUUCCAGAAAAUUCCAAUUGGAUCGGCGAUUCUGUGAAUUUUAAUCACAGUGAUCUUGACGAUGAAGGCGAGGAAUAUCGCCGGGUGGAUACUUUAAUUUGUAGGAAGGAGGAGAACUGGAGAAGGAGAGGGAUACGAAGGAGGAGGAAUGAGGCCCUUUUGAUGGACGUGGAGAAGGACAUUGGAAUGGCACAGCUGAGAGAGGAAGAAACACGCUUAGCACGGAUAGAAUGAUGAAGGAACGAACGAAUAUGAACAGGACGAUAAGUUGCUAGUUUUAAUUAAAUUCCUUUUUUUGUUAAUCAAUUAUCAUUUUUUAUAAUCGCUAUUCGUGGGAAUAGUAUUUGCAUGCAAUCCUAACACUUGUAUCGACUAAUCCAACAAGUGUCUUUAAAUGUUAAUUUAUUCCAGAGUUGCUCAUAUAUAGAGACAAAUAGAAUAUCUACCCCUAAAAAAACCACUCACAUGAUUUUUUAAUGAAAAAAUUCAAUUGGAGGCCAUUGAUAUCAAAUAUAGCGGAAGAUGAGAUAAUUGUCGACAUUUAUUAAUUUUUAACGACAUAUAUAUAAAGUGGUAGUUAUGCUUCUGCCAUUUUAUGUGGGUUAUGUUUACGACAUAUUACCCUACUAAUAGAAAACUGUUGGAUACAACAUAUAACACAAUAUCUCAGUAUUAUCGCCUAAUAAUUUUGAUAUGCUUCUGGCAUUUUGUGGAUAAUGUCGACCGACAUAUUACCCUACCAAUAGAAAACUGUUGGAUGCAACAUAUAACACAAUAUCUCAGUAUUGUCGCCUGAUAAUUUUGAUAUGCUUCUGGCAUUUUGUGGGUAAUGUCGACCGACAUAUUACCCUAGCUCUUUUGUUUCUUUCCAAAAUUUCAAACCAAAAUCUUCUCAAUAUUAUCCAAAAUCUAUCACAUAAACAUCCUUAUCUUAUCUCCUUUUUCGGCUAUAAAAAACAAUAUUCCUCCUUUUCAUUUCAUUCUACUCAAACCGAAAAAAUUCAUACAUCAUCUCUCAAUUCCAUCAUUCUUCUUCCCUUAUUUGCAAGACCUCUCGUCAUAAGUCGCUUCAGGGAUCUUAUUGAGUUCGAGUGAAGAAAUGGGUGAAGAAAUGUCCCCCAAAGAGAUCAUGGAUAGCCAUACCAGUCAUGCCAAGCAAUCAAUUUACAACAAACAUAUACUUCAGGUUUAUGGUUUGUUUCGUUACCUUUUGCUUCAGGAGGAAAGAUUAACUCAGAGUAGUAAUUCAACAUAAUAACAUGUAUUAUGCAAUAUGUUAAGAAUAAGGAUACCAAAAGGGGCCGCAGGCGAAGUGGUAUGGCUCUUUGACUUCAACUGGAACGUUGUAGGUUCCAACCCCAUUAACGCCAGAUUUUGAACCCUAAUGAUUCUUUUCAUAAACCAUAUCACAAUAUGUGGUAGAUAUACUUCUGCCAUUUUAUGUGAUUUAUGUUUACGACAUAUUACCUUCCCAAUAGAAAAUUGUUGGAUACAACAUAUAACACAAUAUCUCAGUAUUAUCGCCUAAUAAUUUUGAUAUGCUUCUGGCAUUUUAUGGAUAAUGUUGACCGACAUAUUACCCUACCAAUAAAAAACUGUUGAAUACAACAUAUAACACAAUAUCUCAGCAUUGUCGCCUGAUAAUUUUGAUAUGCUUCUGGCAUUUUGUGGUUAAUGUCGACCAUAUUAUCCUACCUCUUGUUUCUUUCCAAAAUUUCAAACCAAAAUCUUCUCAAUAUUAUCCAAAAUCUAUCACAUCCAUCAUUAUGUUAUCCCCUUUUUCGGCUAUAAAACAACAAUCUUCCUCCUUUUCAUUUCAUUAUUCUCAAACCGAAAAUUUCAUACAUCAUCUCUCAAUUCCAUCAUUCUUCUUCCCUUCUUUGGAACACUUCUCGUCAUAAGUCGCUUCAGGGAACUUAUCGGGUUCGAGUGAAGCACUGGGUGAAGAGAAGUGUUCCAAAGAAGGGAAGAAGAAUGAUGGAAUUGAGAGAUGAUGUAUGAAAUUUUCGGUUUGAGAAUAAUGAAAUGAAAAGGAGGAAGAUUGUUGUUUGAUAGCCGAAAAAGGGGAUAAGAUAAGGAUGUUGAUGUGGUAGAUUUAUGAUAAUAUUGAGAAGAUUUUGGUUUGAAAUUUUGGAAAGGAACAAAAGAGGUAGGGUAAU